ACAGUAUCUUAUAAUGUAGCGUUCAGAAAUACUGCUGAUAUGCCUGAAAAUUAUUCGAAUACUGUGGUCCAUUAUACAUAACCUAGAUAUUCCUAUUAAGAAUAAGAACAGUAGCAUCAGCACUUGUGCCAUCUUAACCCCACAGCUGUUUAAUACUACAAAGAGGCCAACACAGUAAGUUCAAGAAAUAACAAAGUGUGCAGUAGGUGGAUAAGAACUAAGAAGCAAUCGUGGCAGGCACUUCAGAUAAAUAUGCAAGUAUAAUGAUGUUGACAUUUGAUGAAAGAGUUUUAAGAUUGUCAACCUUGUGAAUUUUCAGUUACCCUCCAGAUGGAAACAUGUAAGUAGGUCUCCUUUGAGAACAGAAGAAAGGAGAAAGAUGAAAGUGGGGAAUCCCCAGCUUUAACAAGGCAAUAGUGAAGAUGACCUAAGCAUUGUCCCCUUGGAGCACCAAGCAUCAGAAGAUAGGGGCCACAGCAUAGAUCUGUGAUAAAAUAGAAAACAGGCAUUCUCCACUUCACAUUCUAAUGCUUCUCUCCAUUUCUUUCCUCUUUUCUUUGAUCUAAAUUCUAAAACCCUUCAAAGAGACUUUGCUUAACCCGAUUUCAUCAACUUCCAUUUGACAUCCUCACCAAACUAGAGUUUUGAGAGGAAAUGAUCUCCCACGGAGAAGCAGAAAGCGAGAUAGUACUAGGGAAAGAGCAAAACAGAUAUUCAAAUUACAGCGAUGAUAACAAUGAAGAAACAGAAGAUCUUAAUCAAGGAGAGUGGCUGAACCUGAGCCUAGGUGGGAAUUUGCUCUCAACAGAAGGAGACACUGACUCGCAGUCAAGACCAGCUUCAGGCAAGGUUUUCUCCUGUAACUUCUGCAUGAGGAAGUUCUUCAGCUCCCAGGCAUUAGGAGGUCACCAGAACGCCCACAAGAGAGAGAGAGGUGCAGCUAGAAGAUAUCAAUCUCAAAGAAUGAUGUCCAUGAUGGGCUUUCCCUUCAAUACUUCAACGCUUCGAUCGCUCAACGUUCAGCCCCAUUCACUUGUGCACAAGCCAAGCAGAUAUGAAACUGCACUUGUAGCAAGAUUUAAUGAUGCCAAGACAAGGUUUAGCAUGAUGCCUUUCACACUUGACGAUGUAAUGGAUUCGAUGUGGCCGGGCAGCUUCCGCUUGGAUCCACAAGUAUUAGAGCCACAAUCAGAGCCAUGCAAGCUCGAUUUAAAUCUUCGACUCUGAUCCAUCCACCUGCUACGCCAGUUUGGAAUAUUCCAUAUAUGACUUUUCUAUUGGAACUUUGGCAGAGGUCUCAAUGAUUUCA